CCGGAAGUUGCCAAGCGCAUCGCAGCCAGCUGCAGGGUUGGCUCAGCUGAGCUGGAAGCGAAAGGCAGAGGAUCCCAAAGUGAAAUCCGAAGCCACAGAACAGAACUCCGGACGGCCUUUCCCCCUUUCCAGAGUCAGGGUUCGAUAUCCUCGGCGGCGGCUGCACGGCCUUAAGACCGAGGCGCUUCGGAAGACGAGAGCGAAGCAGCCCAUCUUCCCUUCCCCCGUGGGCCGGCUGGACACAGGAAUGGCUCGCCCGCAGCAGAAACUUUUCCUCCGGAGUUUGCAGUGUCUCUUCCUGGCGGCCGUGAUGGUCACCUGUGAUGGGCAAGGUGGGAAGACAGGGGACGGGGGAGCCGCCUGCUACGGGGGCUUCGACUUGUACUUCAUUUUAGACAAAUCAGGAAGUGUCCUACACCACUGGAGUGAAAUCUACUACUUUGUGGAACAUCUGGCUCACAAAUUUAUAAGCCCCCAGCUGAGAAUGUCUUUCAUCGUUUUCUCCACUAGAGGCACAACCCUCAUGAGGCUGACAGAAGACAGGGAACAAAUCCGUCAAGGCUUAGAUGAGCUGCAGAAGGUCAUGCCCGGAGGAGACACGUACAUGCACGAAGGAUUUGAAAGGGCAAGCGAGCAAAUUUACCAUGAAAAUGUUCAAGGUUAUAGGACCGCCAGUGUCAUCAUUGCCCUGACAGAUGGAGAACUUCAUGAGGACCUUUUUUUCUAUGCAGAACGAGAGGCCAACCGGUCCCGUGAGCUGGGAGCGACGGUGUACUGCGUCGGGGUGAAAGAUUUCAAUGAAACUCAGUUGGCUCGAAUCGCUGACAGCAAGGAUCACGUCUUCCCCGUGAAUGAUGGCUUCGAAGCUCUCCAGGGAAUCAUAGACUCUAUUCUGAAGAAAUCUUGCAUUGAAAUCCUUGCUGCAAAACCUUCCAGUAUUUGUGCAGGCGAGUCCUUCCAAGUUGUGGUGACAGGAAAUGGCUUCAAACAUGCCCGUAAUGUGGAUCGAGUCCUCUGCAGCUUCAGAAUCAAUGAGACAGUCACACUCAAUGAGAAACCCUUUGUAGUGGAGGACACCUACUUGCUCUGCCCAGCACCUGUCUUACAAGAAGCUGGCAUGGAAGCUGCUCUCCAAGUGAGCAUGAACGACGGCCUGAGUUUCAUCUCUAGCUCCGUCAUCAUCUCCAGCACACACUGUUCUGACGGGACCAUUCUGGCAAUUGUCCUGCUGAUCCUUUUCAUUCUAUUGGCCCUGGCUCUUCUGUGGUGGUUCUGGCCACUUUGCUGCACUGUGAUUAUUAAAGAGCCACCGCCACCCCCAAUGGAAGACAGUGAGGAGGAAGAUGAUGAUGGGCUUCCCAAGAAGAAGUGGCCGACAGUAGAUGCUUCCUACUACGGUGGGCGCGGUGUAGGAGGCAUUAAGCGAAUGGAGGUUCGCUGGGGAGAAAAGGGAUCAACUGAAGAAGGGGCAAAGCUGGAGAAGGCCAAGAAUGCUCGAGUCAAGAUGCCAGAGCAAGAAUAUGAGUUCCCAGAGCCAAGGAGUCUUGGAAACAGCAUGCGCAGGUCCUCCUCGCCACAGAAGUGGUAUUCUCCUAUCAAGGGAAAGCUGGAUGCCCUCUGGGUUCUUCUGAGGAAAGGUUACGACCGGGUGUCUGUCAUGCGACCACAGCCAGGUGACAAGGGACGCUGCAUCACCUUCACCAGAGUGAAGACUUCCCAGGCGCCACCCAAGUACCCGCUCAACAACACGUACCACCCUUCACCCCCAUCCCCCACCCCUGUUUACCACCCUCCGCCCCCUGCCCCCAUCUACACCCCACCACCGCCAAGUUCCCCCACACCCCCCACCCCUUCCCCACCUUCCACGCUGCUUCCCCCCCCUCCUCAUGCUCCUCCCUCCAACCGGGCUCCACCCCCUUCCCGCCCCCCUCCCCGCCCUUCUGUCUAA